GUUUGCGUUCGCAAGAGACACGAGGUAAUAUGGCCGCCAGUCCGCGACGCGUACGGAACCAGUUCCAGAAAGAAACCGGUUCCGAACUAAAAGAAACUGGAAGAAACUAGUUUCCAUUGGUUUUUCGGCCCCCCUGUGAGACCGUGCCACGACCGAGAUUGGCACUCGUGCUGGACUUCUCUCGGAGAUUGGAACGGAGGUUAUGUUACUAGUGCACGCUAAUAUGGCAGAUAUUACGGAGCAGAAAGGGACAAUGCUCGACUCACAGAUGGAAAUCAAGGUGGAACAGCCGCCGAUACAGUGUUACGUCGAGGAAGAACACGAAAAUGGUUUUCCCGGUUUCGACAAUGGCACGAUGCCGUCCAGCGCCGCUUUGAAUUUAUGGACCAGCAAAGCCACUGCUUGUCUCAUUAGCCAAUAUAAAAAAUAUCGAUCGAUGGUGGGUCAAUCGACGCAGAUCAGAAGCCUGCGCGAAAUGUUCGAGAUGAUUUCGCACCAAAUGCAAAACUACGGGUUCUACUUCAGUCCGCAGAAGUGCGAAAACAAAUGGCGCGUACUCGAGCGUAAGUAUAAGAACCUUGUGUUCCGCAAACGCUUGAAGAAACCGGGUAGAAUGAGGCAUUACGGUCACUGGGAGCACAAAAGAGCACUGGACGAAAUCUUUAACGAGAAGAACCGGCACAUGUAUUUCGAAGAGAACGACAUGUCGCCGGCCGAGGCCGCUAAGUACGCGUUUAUUUUACCGAAACCGGCGACCGAGGAGCAACAGAGCAACACCAUCGAUCGACAGCAACUGGAAGACCCUCUCGCGGCAACUGCACCGAACUACACGUCGAACAAUAGAAACGACGAGUCGGACUUGAAGGAUACAUGGACCAUGCUCGUCGAGAGAUUUCUCGACGAGAUGUCCAAGAACUUCGCGAUCGCGGAAAAGAACAAAGAGAAAAGGCACAAAGAGGAAAUGGCAAUGAGGCAGAACGAGUUGGAGGUACAGAAGAGGCUUUUAAAGUUGAAGGAGCAAAAACUAGAGUUACAAAAGAGUCAAAUUAUCGCCGCUGCUCAGCAUCUACAUUUGAACAUGUAAUGAACGACGCGUUAAUGACUUAGUUUUAAGACAAGAGCGACUCUACGGUUUAUGUAAAUGAGAUAACUUGGGGGCAUUAUUGCCCGUAUGCACUGAUACAGUGCAGGAUAAAAUAAAUUGUAAUAUGUAAUAAAUACUUCUUAAGAAUAUGAAACCUGAUUG